GAAGUGAUAAAGAUCACAGUUGCUGGUUUUAAUUGACAGUGAAUUCAAUUGAAGUAAUUACUAGCAAUUGGCACACUUCUGACUCAGUCCUUUUUUUUAAUUUCCAGGUUUCGGAAACAUUUCUACAGGUUUCUGCAUUUCAGAGUAUGAUUUAAAAGCAUAUAUUUUUCAGUGCGUUGAAAAAGAUAGUGAAUAAGUGAAACGUUGUACGCAAUUAUCACAAGUACUUUGGGCAUUGGAUUUUUAUACUCUUGCAAGAACCUAAAAGCAAUUGACACAAUUAAGAAACUUUAUCCACCAAAGAUAAUCGGAGUUUUUAUCACAAUAGUAUUUCGUAUCGAAAACAGAAAACUAGAGUGAUUGUGUGAACAGCGGAAAACCAAGUAUAAAAUGGGCUUUUCCUUAGAUUCAUUAAUUCAUUAAUAUGCAGCACAAAAAACGAGGAUAAAUAUAUAGCCUAUAGUGAGUAGAAAAAGUUAUAAACUAAUAUAUAGAGAGCAUGGGGAAGUACUGUGGGCGGCAGCACGGAACACGAUUCUCAUGAAUAAUAAAGACGGUCGAUCACCGAAACCGCAUUGUAAAUUUUCGGAACUUACAGUUAAUUUAAGAAUUAUAAGAUAAAAGUUGCAUGCUGGAUCAUUUUUUAGCGAGAAUUUUCUUCAAAAAUGUUGGAGAACAUUGACAGUGAUUUAGUGCCUAUUAAAGCCCACUAUUUCCUUUAUAAUGCCGCAACGGGAUGCAUUGUACCUUUUCUGCCUACAAUUGCAAAGCAGUUGGGAUUUUCAGGAUUUCUGGUGGGCUCAAUUUACACAAUAUUGCCGAUCUCCGGAUUGAUUGCAAAACCUCUCUUCGGUAGUUUGGCUGACAAGUACAAACUGCACAAGUCUUUUUUUUUAUUUUUCCAAGCCUUAAUAGCCAUUAGUUUUUUUACAAUGUACUUCAUUCCCGAGGUUGACACAACAGCAGACGCCAAUUUAAGAUGUGAUAGUGGGGAUGCUUUUCUAGAAGUUUGCCCUGAACAAAUUCAACAACCUUUCUCCGCAGAUAUUCUCGAAGGAGUUUUAAAUAAGAACAAAUCUGAGGGAUAUUGUCAGGUUUCUUUUUGUCAGAUUUGUGAGUUUCCUUCGAAAAUUCACAAUAUUACGAGGAUGGAUUGGCGUCAUUGUAUUGACGGUGUGCCUUUUAAUUUCACUGCACAAUUCAAUACGUUACACGAUAUUGUGUUAGGUACUUGUGUAAACGUAAAAGUAGAGAGAGCACUACUUUCAAAUGGAAAUUCAAACAGGCCAUUUUGCAGUUCUCAUAUCUUAACGCCUUGUCGAAUUAGCUGUCCUAAAUUUCCACCUAUGGACAAUUUAUUACGUGAAGCUAAAAAUUCGACCACUUUCUCACAGAGUUCAACUUAUCAGUUUCAUGUAUUUUUAUGGGCCGCCAUCGCUAGCUGGGUUGGUAUGGCAGUUGUAGUUAGCAUAGGAGAUGCCAUCUGUUUCAAUCUUCUUGGUGGAGAUAAAAGAAAGGAAUAUGGCAAACAAAAAAUGUGGGGAAGUAUAGGCUUCGGAAUUUUUGGCAUAAGCGCCGGAUACUUAGUAGAUGUUUUCAGCAGAGGUGAAACGCAGAAAGACUACACUUGCAUAUUUUAUAUAAUGCUGAUCGCGAUGAUAUUUGAUAUUAUCGUCUCGUCAACGCUGAGAAAGAAAAAUCCAGAAUCUGGAGAAAGCGAACCAUCAGUUCUUUGGGAACUUUGGUCGCUUGCAAGGGAGGGAAGAAUUUUGGUCUUUGCAUUUUGGUGCAUAGGAUCUGGAAUGUGUACCGGAGUUGUUUGGAACUACCUUUUAUGGUACACCGAGGAGUUGGUGCCAAUUGGUACACCUUGGUUGAAAACCUUGCAGGGUUUGCUUAUCGGUAUUCAAAGCUUGUUAGGCGAACUGCCUUUCAACUUUUUGUCAGGAACCGUAUUAAGAAAAUUGGGUCAUAUCAAUGUUAUGAGUCUUGUGCUGCUUAUAUAUGCAAUCAGAUUUAUGACCUACAGUAUGAUCUCCAAUGCCUGGUGGCUAAUUUUGCUGGAAGUACUUCACGGACCUUCGUUUGGUCUUUGUUGGCCAACUAUGGUUUCUUAUGGCGAUAAAGUCGCACCUCCAGGAACCAAAGCUACAAUUCAAGGAGUUGUUGGCGCCGUCUUCGAAGGCGUUGGUGUAUCCGCCGGCAGCUUACUAUGCGGAUACCUAAUGGACGAAUACAAGGGUGUCGUUACGUUUCGAGUAUUUUCGGUCGGAGCACUUACUUGGUUGACCAUUUACUGGCUUCUGCAGUUGUUGCUUCGAAAAGCCAAAGCUUAUCCUCUACAACAGGGUCAUAGUCGUGAGUAGAAACGAUUAUGGUGCAUGAAUUAGGAACACAGCAUAUAAGAUUUGGCGAGCUAUGCUCCUCCCGAUGAUGCGAUUCUAUUGACUACGAGUCAGGAACUCCAAACGUAUUAAUAAAAUUAAUGAGUCCAGCGAAGUAACAAAAGACCAAAGUCGUUACCCCACCCUUCUUUUUUUUAAACUCUUAAUUGCCAUUCGUUCAAUUUCACUGUUUAUGUUCAUUUAUGAAAGUUUGAUAGCGGUUUACAAUGGAUGUGCAAAUGUAAUUUGUGCGAGCUCACUUGUGAUAUCAGACAGUUUUUUAUCGUUCAGUAUUAUAUACGAAUUGUAAAUGUACUUUGCAAAUAUAUUGUUUUUAU